AUGGCGUUUAAGGGCAACCCUUUUGCCCUCUUGAACCACGAAGACGACGGUGGCUGUUCACAGCUUCUCUCUCCCCCUAGUGCCCCGGAAUCCAGAAAGCCCGCCGGCCAUAAUAAUGUCGUGAAAUCUGAAAGAAGGAAAGGAAAGCAAACUGGAAGAGGAGGCAGAGAACGCGGCUCUGUAAGGAACAAUAAUGCCCAGGAAAAAGGCAUUCAGAAUAAUAAUUAUCAUCACAGCAACGAUAACAGGCGCUAUGAUGGUGGCCAGCGGCAGAAUAUGGGAGAUAAUGGUUAUCGAAAGAAUGAUGAUGUUCACGAGCAGAACAAUGUUGACAAAAGAGGUUAUCGAGGAGCCAACUGGGGAAGCUGGAACAACGAUUACAACAAAUUUGUUAGGCGUGGGGAUGGCGAAGUGAAGACUUAUGAGGGAAAGGAGGCUGUUGGCGGUAACGAAGAACCCAGGAAGGGGAACCUAAUUGUGGGGGUAUCCAAAGGACGAGAGCCAGAACAAAUUCCUAAUGGUGGAAAGGGCUUCAGUGAGCAGAAACGACAAGAUAACACGAUGACUUUGCAACAAUAUGACAAGCAGCUUCUUGAGAAGAGGAAGGCCUUGGAAGCUUUCAAGAAAGAGGAAAGGAAAGUGACACUGGACGAGGAACUCGACUCGAUGCAGCUUGUUGGCAAGAAGAAAGAUGACGUUGCUUCUGCUAAGCAGAAUUCUGAGACAGAGAAGCUCAAGAAGGACGAUGGCCUUGGAACGACGAAUGAGAAGGUACGAUGGGUGAGUGGUCGCCAUGCAACCACCACCACGAAGGAUGAAGCUCUUAAGGCUGGUGAUUCCCCUAAAGUUCCUAGUAAAGCUCCUGAGAGUGGGAAUUCCCAUAGGAAUCCUCCUGUCAAAACUCCUGAUGUUGAGGACCGCAAACAGUUCCCCGUGCUCGAGAGGGUGUCGAAAAAUUCCAACCCUCGUUAG